GGAUUGGUGACAUUUUUUGUUGUUAUUAUUUUAAUUAGUUUUAUUGUUGAAAAGAUAAUAGAAUAGCAUUGUUUAAUGAGCAUUAAUGUCAUCACCUAGGUUUAAACGUAUAAAUUGUAAACAUGUGGAUUUGAAAAUCAGUUAUGUCUGUUCCAAACGUUGAAGGUUAUACAAUUGUCGGGAAAAUUGGUUCAGGAACUUAUUCAACUGUAUACAAAGCAUUUAAAAAGGUUGGAUGUCGAGAGGUGGUCGCUAUAAAGUGUGUGGAGAAAGCCAAGCUGUCCGGCUCGGCAGCAGACAAUAUGGUCACCGAGAUAAUGCUUCUGAAAAAGCUGAAGCAUCAGUUCAUCGUUGAAAUGAAGGACUUCCUGUGGGACGACAGGAAUAUUUACAUCAUCAUGGAAUACUGCAACGGAGGGGAUUUGUCGUGCUUCAUCCGUAAGCGACGCAGGCUGCCAGAAGCUGUGUGCAGGAAGUUCCUGCAGCAACUCGCCCUAGCUCUCAAGUUCAUGCGCUCGCACAAUGUCUGCCACAUGGAUUUGAAACCUCAGAACCUUCUACUCACUACCAAUCCUUGUCUCACCCUUAAAGUUGGAGACUUUGGGUUCGCCCAACAUCUCUCCCCUGACACGUUCAUGAGCUCGCUGAGAGGCUCUCCGUUGUACAUGGCUCCGGAAAUCCUGUUGCAGCAGCAUUACGACUACCGUGUCGACCUGUGGUCGGUCGGAGUCAUCAUGUACGAGUGUCUGUUUGGCCGCGCUCCUUACUCUUCAAACAGUUUCAGCGAGCUGGCCGAAAAAAUUAAAGCUCGGGCGAAAAUUGAGAUUCCUCAAGGAAGUGCUAUUUCUUCAGAUUGUAGAGAUCUGUUGACAAGGCUACUGCAGCAUCAGCCUGAUAAAAGGAUUGACUAUGAGGAAUUCUUCGACCAUCCAUUUCUGGACUUGGAACACUACCCUUCACCUGAGUCGUUUCAACGAGCUGUUGAUCUCAUCAAGCAAGCCGUCCAAUCCGAUGCCGAGGGACUUCAUGUAGAAGCAUUGUGUCACUACUGCGAUGCGCUCAGGUUUUUUGUGCCUCUAGUCACUGCUGAGCCAGAUGUCAAAAAGAAAGCUGCAUUAAGAGCUAGAGUACAUGAUUACAUCAAGAGGGCAGAGGAGCUAAAACGUUUGGUAUACAAGGAAGAAAAUCCUGGCUCGUCAGAAGCUUCGUGUUCGCAAACAAAAAUUUCUAGCGAUAAUUCAGAACUUUACAGGCUGUGCGCACCCACUCCCAGCCUGAUCACGGCACUGGAGAUUGGCACGGCCGCACAGCAGUACUUGGCAGAGGGUCAGUAUGGAAUAGCACUGGAGAAGUUUCAGUCUUGCCUCGGGCUGUUGAUUCCUCUUCUCCCGCUGGAGCCGAAGGGAAGACGCAGAGAUUUACUGUACCAGCAGGUCCAAAUAUGGAUGAGCCAGGCAGAGAACACUAAAUCACUUAUAAUGAUGGCAGAAAUGGACGAGUCCGACACACCAGAAAGUCGAGAAGUAUGUGUCAUCAGUUGAUUACAAAAGGAAAGAAAAAUUCUCGAGAAACUAUUCAGUGAGCUUUGUGCUAAAACAUUUUGUAUGCCAAGCAACAUCGAAAUGCACUUACCUACAUUGUAUUUUAACAUUUGUUUAAUCUGGUUGUGUGAUUAUGUAAGUAAGUUAGUAAAAGCAUUUUCUUGCACAUGGUCAAGUUCCUAUAUAAGUUGUUUAUAUUUCAUAUUUUUGCUUAAUAUUUAAAACUACAACUACAUACAAACAAUGAUUGGUUGUACUAGUAGGUUGUUUUGGUAUGUAAUAAAUGUGUGUGUGUGCAUGCGUGUGUGUGUGUGUAUAUAUAUAUAUUAAGUUUAUUGCUGUUUUAGUAUGAUUCUAAUUGCAUCUACUUUGUUAAUUGCUUUACAUCCACUUAUCUAAAUCAAAUUAUUUAAUUUUGUGCUGUAUGUGUAAAAAUCAAUUUUCACACAGUUCUGUUUUAUAUGCAAACAAUACAUACAGCUUGUGUAAAGUAUUUUUUAUGUUUUUAUUGGAUGGAUUUGUUGAAAGUCAUAAAUUAAAUAUUGUUACGUGAGAGAAACAGAA